CGAUCCUAGGCACCAUAAACUCGCGAGAGAGCUACCUUGACGCCGCUAUCGCACUUUAAAGAGACACCUCACAUUGACGCCUGACGUUUCUGUUACGAGUUAUCAAGCAAACUCAGUCGUUGUGCUUCGCACUUGUGGAAGCGAUUUCAUUGCAGAAAAUCGUUGACAAUCCGAUACUUCUCAAUCAGAAUGAUGGCUGCCAAAUUCAUUUUCUUCGUACUGUUGUUCGUCGUCUGCUCUUAUGCCUCACCUCUUAGAACGGCAACUAUGUACGGUUUUCCGGUGUUUGUCGUGCCGGUCUUCGUUCAAGAUCUCGACAUACCUCAAUCUGCAAUCGACGAGGACGCUUUGAACAAUUCCAAGAUCGCGGAGGACACGGCGAAUUCUAUUGAAAAACGCAGUGUCGAGGAGACGGAUGAUCUCGAAACUGCUGCUGGUACGAACGUUCUUCGUCCUCUUUUUGUCUAUCGUCAACAAAUUGCAUAUCGACAGCGCGCUAGAGAAAACGCGAUUCGUCGUGGAAGACGAAUAUAGGCGGAGACAGGAAGGUUGAUUUAGGAAAUCCGGCAAUGACACGAAUUGCAACGGUUAUUAUCUCAUUUCGGUAUUAUCGGGAAGGUAAUACAUUCGAGAUAUUUUGAGAUCUCGGUACAAAACCUCAAACGGCCUUAAAGAUCUUUAAAAUUCUAAAGAAGGAUUGAAAAGAAUCGGGUGUGUGUGAUGAGAAAUUACGCCAGGAAAUUUCACGUGGAUGAAGAUCGAAUGAUAAAGAAAGAUAGACGACAUUAAGCAGAGAUGAGAAUUGUUUUGAAUAAUCAAGAGAUGACUGCGUCAAAUAACGACCAACGCCUGUCUGGAAAAUAACAAACUACAAUGGCAAUAAUAUUUUCUAGCGCGAAAUUCAUAUCCGCAGCGUGCCGCAAGCUUAUAUACAAAACAAAGCUCGCGGAUAUUUAUAAACGUACCUACGAACGCAAAAGAGUGAAAAUGCAAAUUUGUAAAUAGCGAAGCGAAAUAUUCGCACCUGUAUAAAAAUUUUCGGUGCAAAUAAAACUGUUCUCUUGCCGACUUAUUGC